CAGAUCUUUACAUGUGGUUUAACUUGGAUGGCUGAUGAUUACAAAACACCAUCAACUAUACCGUAGUGGCGAUACACCCAAUUUAAUCUGAUGUUGUUAAAUUCUACCGCUACGAAAACAUCCCUAGAGUAGAGAACCCAUGAGAAAAAAAUUAGCCAUGUUCUACCAGCUCGCCGUAGUGCUGUGUCUCCUGGUGAACACAGUCGCCAGAGAUGUUAACUUCACCUAUAAUGGGUUUCGAUCGGUGAAUUUGAGCCUCGAUGGUCUAGCAGAGGUCACUUCCAAUGGACUCUUGAAGCUUACCAAUGAUACCCAGCAGCAACAGGAAUACAAUAGUCUAGAACAGAGAAUGAAUGUCACCUUAGCUCCAAUUAAUGUUCCUAAACCCAAACUCCCACUUUUGUCUCUGUCAAGGGAUUUAUCGCCCAUCGUCAACGAUACUGUAUACAUCGGAUUCUCUGCGUCAACUGGUACGGUCGUAACAUCUCACUAUGUUUUGGGUUGGAGUUUUAUGAUUAACGGCCAAGCAGAGGAGCUCGUUAUUUCACAGUUGCCUAAGCUUCCUCGCAGAGAACCGGAGCAAACAUUGAAGUAUUUAACAAUUGGUUUGCCUCUGAUUUCCAUGACUCUGGUUUUUGCAACAGUUUCAGGGGUUGUUUAUUUCAUAAAGAGGAAGAGGGAAUUCGCAGAUGUAGUUGAAGAUUGGGAACUCGAUUACGGGCGUCAAAGAUUCAAGUACAGAGAUCUGUAUGUGGCCACAAAUGGGUUCAAGGACAAAGGGUUACUGGGUUCUGGUGGUUUUGGUAAAGUUUAUAGAGGAGCAUUACCUACCUCCAAAUUGGAGAUUGCCGUUAAAAAAGUCUCUCAUGAAUCAAGACAGGGGAUGAAGGAAUUCGUGGCAGAAAUUGUUAGCAUCGGUCGUCUCCGUCACCGGAAUUUAGUACAACUCCUGGGGUAUUGCCGGAGGAAAGGGGAGUUGCUCUUGGUCUAUGACUACAUGCCGAAUGGAAGUCUGGACAACUACCUUUAUGGCCAGCCGAAUAUCACCCUGAAUUGGAGACAGAGGUUUAGGGUCAUCAAAGGCGUAGCCUCGGCUCUCCUUUAUUUGCACGAAGAAUGGGAACAAGUUGUGAUUCAUAGAGAUGUAAAGGCCAGCAAUGUUCUCUUAGACGGUGAAUUGAACGGAAGAUUAGGAGAUUUUGGGUUGGCGAGAUUGUAUGAUCAUGGAACGGAUCCACAAACAACACAUGUGGUGGGUACUCUAGGGUACCUAGCGCCGGAGCACAUCCGAACAGGGAAGGCCACAACCAGUACCGAUCUGUUUGCUUUUGGUGCCUUUUUGCUAGAAGUUGCCUGUGGAAGAAGGCCGAGUGAACCACAAGGUGAAACAGAGGAUUUGAUUCUGGUUGAUCUGGUGUUUUUGUUUUGGCAAAGAGGGGAGAUUCUUGAGGUCAGAGAUCCAAAAUUAGGGAUGGAUUUUGUAGCAAACGAGGUGGAGUUGGUAUUGAAGCUGGGGUUACUCUGUUCGCAUUCAGACCCCACAGCCAGGCCAAGCAUGCGCCAAGUGGUGCAGUACUUAGAAGGCAAUGUUCCUUUGCCUGACUUGUCAGCACUAGGCCUGACUGCUGGUGGCCUAACAUUUGCCCAUGGUGAAGGUUUUGAUGACUUUGUCUCGUCCUAUCCGUCCUCCAUGGAUAAGGCAUACACGCAUUCCUCUUCAAUUUCAGAAUCCCUACUUUCAGGAGUGGAACUCGAUACGAUAAAGAAUGUCGAGUUCGAGGACAUAGAUGACAACCAUGUCGGAAUUGAUUUUAAUGGGUUGACGUCCAAGGCGUCCCAUGGAGCUGGGUAUUAUGUGGACGGUACCGGCCAAUUUAUAAACCUGACGCUGAUCAGCGGACAGCCAAUGCAAGUUUGGGUAGAAUACAAUAGUCUAGAACAGAGAAUGAAUGUCACCUUAGCUCCAAUUAAUGUUCCUAAACCCAAACUCCCACUUUUGUCCCUGUCAAGGGAUUUAUCGCCCAUCGUUAACGAUACUGUAUACAUCGGAUUCUCUGCGUCAACUGGUGCGGUUGUAACAUCUCAUUAUGUUUUGGGUUGGAGUUUUAUGAUUAACGGCCAAGCAGAGGAGCUCGUUAUUUCACAGCUGCCUAAGCUUCCUCGCAGAGGACCGGAGCAAACAUUGAAGUAUUUAACAAUUGGAUCGCCUCUGAUUUCCCUGACUCUGGUUUUUGCAACAGUUUCAGGGGUUGUUUAUUUCAUAAAGAGGAAGAGGGAAUUCGCAGAUGUAGUCGAAGAUUGGGAACUCGAUUACGGGCGUCAAAGAUUCAAGUACAAAGAUCUGUAUGUGGCCACAAAUGGGUUCAAGGACAAAGGGUUACUGGGUACCGGUGGGUUUGGUAAGGUUUAUAGAGGAACAUUUCCCACCUCCAAAUUGGAGAUUGCCGUCAAAAAGGUCUCUCAUGAAUCAAGACAGGGGAUGAAGGAAUUCGUGGCGGAAAUUGUUAGCAUCGGUCGUCUCCGUCACCGGAAUUUAGUACAACUCCUGGGGUAUUGCCGGAGAAAAGGGGAGUUGCUCUUGGUCUAUGACUACAUGCCGAAUGGAAGUCUGGACAAGUACCUCUAUGGCCAGCCGAAUAUCACCCUGAAUUGGAGGCAGAGGUUUAGGGUCAUCAAGGGCGUAGCCUCCGGGCUACUCUAUUUGCACGAAGAAUAGGAACAAGUUGUGAUUCAUAGACAUGUAAAGGCCAGCAAUGUUCUCUUAGACAGUGAAUUGAAUGGAAGAUUAGGAGAUUUCGGGUUGGCGAGAUUGUAUGAUCAUGGAACGGAUCCACAGACAACAAAUGUGGUGGGUACUCUGGGGUACCUAGCGCCGGAGCAGACCCGAACAAGGAAGGCCACAACCAGCACCGAUCUGUUUGCUUUCGGUGCCUUUUUGCUAGAAGUUACCUGUGGAAGAAGGCCGAUUGAGCCACAAGGUGAAACAGAGGAUUUGAAUCUGGUUACUCUGGUGUUUUCGUUUUGGCAAAGAGGGGAGAUUCUUGAGAUCAGGGAUAAAAAAUUAGGGACGGUUCU